ACACACACACACACACACACACACACACACACACACAGGAACACACUCUGCUGAUCAGUUGCAGUGUGUUUCUCUCUUCUCUUUAUUAACCGGCCGUGUGUGUGUUGUGUUGUCUGUGGGUGUUGUGUUGUGUUGUGUUGGUUCGGUUCAGUCUGGUUUGUUCCGGAACUCUGAUCCCCGGUGUGCAGCGUCAGUCUCUCGGGUUCAGAGUGUUAGCAUCUCUCGGCUCUUUAGCUGUUAGCAGCUAAGCUAGCGGUUAGCCUGAGUUAGCCGCUAACUGUUAGCCUCGGUUCUCCUCAUGCCGGCGAUGCUGGAGAGGAACUCGGAGGGGAAGAGGAGAGGCCGAGCCGGCAGCAGCGGACCCGGGGCAGCGGGCCUUCCCGCUGGGAAGAGUCUGUCCGGGAAUGGAACCACCAGCAGCUGUUGGGAAGAAGAAGGCUCCGGAUCCAGCAGCGACGAGGAGCAUGGUGGAGGGGGGAUGCGAGUCGGGACGCAGUAUCAGGCCGUGGUUCCGGACUUUGACCCGGACGUGGCGCAGGAGGCUCACGUCAGAGAGAACCUCGGCAUGUUGGUGUGGAUCCCAAGCAGUGCUCUACUCCAGACUCAACUGGACGAGUACAUUGCCAUCGCCAAAGAGAGACACGGCUACAACAUGGAGCAGGCUCUGGGGAUGCUCUUCUGGCACAAACACAAUGUAGAAAAGUCUCUGGCGGAUCUGCCUAACUUCACCCCGUUUCCUGACGAGUGGACAGUGGAGGACCGGGUUCUGUUCGAACAGGCCUUCAGUUUCCAUGGGAAGAGCUUCCACCGCAUCCAGCAGAUGUUACCUGACAAGACGAUGGCCAGUCUGGUUCGGUUUUAUUACUCCUGGAAGAAAAGUCGCAGUAAAACCAGUCUGAUGGACCGACAGACCCGUAAAAACAAGAGAGAUAGAGACGACAGUGAAAAUGAAGUUGAGGACAGAAAUCCUCCCAGCGACUUGGAGCCCGACCAAAACAAAGACGACAAGAAGGAGGUGAGUUCUGGAUCAGAGAGGUCGGAGGUCAAACCAGCAGCUGGUUUAAAGGUGGGCAGUAAGGCGUCUCAGCGUCUGAAGAAACGUCCUCCCAGAGGAAUGUUCCUGAACCAGCAGGACGUGGUCUGUCUGUCCUCUCAGUCGCCUCAGGGUCUCCUCAGACAGCUGGACUGUCAGCUGGUCUCCAUCAAGAGAGAGAUCCAGAGCAUCAAACAGUCUAACAGCUCUCUGAAAGAGAAGAUCUGCUCAGGAGUUGAUGACUUCAGACAACCUGAGUUGUUGUUGUUGUUUCAGGUGAAUCAGAAGUUUAACACCCGCUGGACAACGGAGGAGCAGCUGCUCGCUGUACAAGCCAUCAGGAAGUAUGGGCGGGACUUCCAGGCCAUCUCCGAUGUGAUUGGAAACAAGUCGGUGGUGCAGGUGAAGAACUUCCUGGUGAACUACAGACGGAGGUUCAACCUGGAUGAGGUUCUGCAGGAGUGGGAGGCCGAGCAUGGGCUGGAGGUGGGGGGCGCAGAGGAGGACGACAAGAUGGAGGACAAGAUGGAGGAGAGUCCUGCUGAGGAGGAGGAGGUCACUGACACAAAGGAGGACUCAGACUCCCAGAAGCCCCUGGCCUCGUGACUCUGAGACCCCACCCCUCAUUACUUUACUAUGAUUGUAUUUGUUUUAUUUUAUAUAAAUCUUGUCUCCUGUAUUUAAUUUUUUUUAUUUUAUACAUGAUGCUGCAGUACUUCAGUGGGACUGUUAUUGGUCAGGUGGGAGGUUACCUGUUGUCACUGCUCCUUGUGGACCAAUCAGAAACCGGACCUGUCACUGAGUGGGCGUGGCCUGUUUUUAAUCUGUGUGUUGGUGUGUGUGGGGGGGCAGUCGGUCACUCAGGGUGGGAAAAUAAAACCAAAGUUCAAUAAAAUAAUUUCCUUCUUCUGCA